AUGGCGAUGCACGAUUCACCGGCCCCAGACCACGGAAAGGAAGCCCGACCAGGAGGGCGCUCUGCAUUUGCCCACAGUGACCUCUGCAGGUGCACGUCCGGCUAUUGUCCUCUGUGUGGUGCCUUCAGAAAUGCAACCAUGCAAGGCCCGGCUGAGUGGGGAGAGGAGGGGGGGCUUCCUUCUGGGACCAUUUGUGAAGUGGAAAGUCUUUCUCUGUGUGUGUGCAUGGCUCCUGGCCUUGCAGCUGCAGAUAACAAAACUGUACAGUCGAAGGUGGACUGUAUUUUGCAAGAAGUUGAGAAGUUUACAGACCUACAGAAACUCUACCUCUACCUUCAACUGCCUUCUGGCCCCAGCAAUGGCGAGAGAAGCGAUCAACUGUCCGUGUCAUCCAGCCGCGCACAACAAACGCACGCCUUCUCCUGGAUCCGGAACACCCUGGAGGAGCACCCUGAGACCUCCCUCCCCAAGCAAGAGGUGUACGACGAGUACAAGAGUUAUUGUGACAAUCUUGGCUACCAUCCGCUAAGUGCUGCUGACUUUGGGAAGAUCAUGAAGAACGUCUUUCCCAACAUGAAGGCCCGCCGCUUGGGCACGAGAGGCAAAUCGAAGUAUUGCUAUAGCGGACUUCGGAAGAAAGCGUUUGUGCAGAUGCCGUCGCUGCCCAACCUGGACUUCCAUAAAAGCGGAGACGGGCUGGAAGGAGCAGAGCCGGCCAGACACCUGCAGAACGCAAACGAGGAAGUGGUGUCGGCCUCCUGCCAGCUUGUCUGCGAGUGGGCCCAGAAGGUGCUGAGCCAGCCCUUCGACUCUGUCCUGGAUCUAGCCCGUUUCCUGGUCAAAAGCCACUACAUCGGGACCAAGUCCAUGGCAGCAUUAACUGUGAUGGCGGCUGCACCGGCAGGACUCAAAGGGUUCCCCCAGCCGUCGGCCUUCGUCCCGACCGCCGAGAGCCACUCCUUCCAGCCGCAAGCGAAGACCCUCCCCUCCCCCAUCGAUGCCAAGCAGCAGCUGCAGCGCAAGAUCCAGAAGAAGCAGCAGGAGCAGAAGCUGCAGUCGCCGCUGCCCGGAGAGGCCCCCGCCAAGAAGGCCGAGAGCGCCCUGGGCAACGGCAUGGCCAGCCUGUCCAACGGGAGCCCCGCCAUCUUGUCUCCCCAGCCGAUCGGGAUCGUCGUGGCCGCGGUCCCCAGCCCCAUUACGGUGCCGAGGACCAGGCAGUUGGUGACGUCUCCUAGCCCGGGCAGCGCCUCGGACGGCAAGGUCCUGCCACUCAACGUCCAGGUGGUGACGCAGCACAUGCAGUCGGUCAAGCAGUCGCCAAAGACUCCGCAGAACGUCCCUGCCAGCCCCGUGGGCGACCGCUCCGCCCGCCACCGGUACCCCCAGAUCCUCCCCAAGCCGGCCAACACCACCAGCGCGCUCACCAUCCGCUCCCCGACGACCGUGCUUUUCACCAGCAGCCCCAUCAAGACCGUGGUUCCCGCCCAGCACAUGAACGUGGUGAAGAUGACUGCGAUCUCUAUUGCCCCGAGCGGCACCGGCAGCGCCCCGAUCAAGCCCACCACGGCUUCGGUGGUGGGCAGCGCAGGAGCGGCAGAGGAGCCGCGGUCGGUCCCACAGGUCAAGAACGAGUCCGUCGCCUCCCUUCAGUCUCCGGGGGCCAGGGUGGCGGGCGGAGGUUUGGCUACGGCCACCUCUUCCGUCGAGGUCAAAAUGGAGCCAGAGGCCACCCUGGACGACAGCCUCCCGCAGGGCCAAGAGCAUCCCGUCUCGUCAAAAGCUGUGAAGGGGGCUCCCAGCAUGCUUGCCGCUCGGCUACCAAGGCAGGACACCGAGGCUCCCCAGAGGAUCGUGAUCGAGGAGAGCUUUGGGGAAGCCAGGUCUGUCCAGAUGUGUGGUCAGAGGGCGGGAGAGUCGGGGCAGAAGAGCCUGGCCCGUCCUGCAGACUCCAGCCCGGUCCCUCCUCCAGCCGGCAACUCUGCUGCCCCCGCGCCCUCAGCUGCCCCCUCUCAGACCAGCCUCUCGACUCCCAGCGGUGACAAACUGCCCUCCAAGAGUCCCAGGAAGAGGAUGGCGGCUGCUCCCCCAGAGUCCCAGCUGCUCCCUGCAAAAAAGCUUGUGGUGGGGCCGGCCCCUGCAGCAAGCCCAGACGCCUCCGCGGGGAGCAGCGGCGUGAAGUCGUUGCCGCGGGUGGUGCCCCUGGCUAAGACCGACAGCCCCGCCGCGGCCCUCCUGCAAGUCCCUGGCAAGGUGACCAUCAAAGUCAACGCUGCGGCGGCCAACAGCCUGGGCGCCAGCUGCCCCUUAGAUGCGGACAUCAUCCUCACGUCCAGCGACCCCGUCCUGGGGCAGCAGCUGGCAGCCUCAGUGCCCAACAUCAAAGUGAAGCUGGAAGGAAACAUGUUGAUCCUGGAAAACAGCGCUCAGCCCGGUGGCGGCUUCAGCCCGGACGUGUGGCAGCAGCUGGUGAAAAACUCGGACUUUGCUCCGGUGACCUGCGAGGAGGAGUCGCAGCAGCAGCAGCAGCAGCAGCCGCAGGUGGUGGCGGCGGCGGCCGAGGAGGACCUGGGCCUGCUGAGGCUGGCUGAGCCUUCCGGGGCAGAGGAGGUGGAGAAGGCCCCUUGGGAGUCCGUCCCCUUUGACGCCGACGCCGCCUUUGGCCAGCCGCUGCAGGACCCGGCGCAAGAGGGGCCGGCGGAGCAGUUGGCCGCGCAGCCCCCGAACCCGUUCCCUCUGCAGCCGGAGCUGAAGGGGCUGGAGGACCCGGGCUCCCAGCCCUCCGACAGCUUCUUCUCCUUCGAGGACGACCUCACGCAGGACAGCAUCGUGGAGGAGCUGGUGCUGAUGGAGGAGCAGAUGUCCAUGAGCAGCUCGCACCCGUACGGCUCUUGCCUAGGGAUGGCCCUCCAGAACGCGGGCGUGGCCCCGGGGGCCGCCCUGUCCUCCCACCCGAGCAGCGCCCACUUCUACCACCCCAUCCACAACAGCGGCACCCCUGUCCACACCCCCACGCCUACGCCCACCCCCACGCCCACCCCCACGCCCACCUCUGAAAUCAUUGCUGGGUCGCAGGGCAUCUCCCGGGAGAGCCCUUGCUCCAGGAUGGCCCAGACGACCCCCGUCGACAGCGCCCUGGGCAGCAGCCGGCACACGCCCAUCGGCACGCCCCACUCCAACUGCAGCAGCAGCGUCCCGCCCAGCCCCGUGGAGUGCAGGAACCCCUUCGCCUUCACGCCCAUCAGCUCCAGCAUGGCCUACCACGACGCCAGCAUCAUCUCCAGCAGCCCCGUGAAGCCGAUGCAGCGGCCCAUGGCCACCCACCCCGACAAGACCAAGCUGGAGUGGAUGAAUGCCGGGUACGGUGGGGUGAGCAACCCCACCACCGUCUCCAGCCACGGCAUCCUCCCCAGCUACCAGGAGCUGGUGGAGGACCGUUUCCGGAAGCCGCACGCGUUCGCGGUCCCCGGCCAGUCUUACCAGGCCCAGGCCCGGCACCACGACGCCCACUUUGGCCGCGUGACCCCCGUCUCCCCUGUCAGCAGCACCAAGCAAGAGGGCUUUGCCGUCCCCGCACCUCUUGACGGCAAAGGGGCCGGCUCCUCGCUGGCAGCAACUUUCCGUGUGCGCGAAGCUGUCAGCCCGCCCGUCCAUCGCCAAGCCAGAAGCAGCACCUCCCACGUGGCGUCUUUCGGCAGCCCCGUCGCCCCGGAGGUCCUCUCCACCUUUGCGAACGUCCCCGCGGAGGCGAGUGUCAACGCCCUGGCCCAGAGGAGCCAGUCGGUCCCCUUGACAGUGAUGAUGCAGACGGCGUUCCCGCCGACGACGAGUCAGACGAAUUCUAAAAAGAUGAUCAACGUCUUGCUCAACAAACUCGACCUGGAGAAUGACGACGCGGUGCGGGGGCUGGGGAUGAACAAUAUGCCUUCCAACUACACGGCCAGGAUGAACCUGACCCAGAUUUUGGAAACAUCGAGCGGUUUCCCGAGCACCGGUGCUCAGAGCCUUCUCGAUGCCGGCAGCCCUUCCGUGUUUGAGUUCCAGGCCCCGAGUUACCUCACCAAAAGCGGUGGCGGCGGUGGCAGCAUGGUGGAUCAGGUCGCUUUCCCUUCGGAAGAAAACCAAGCACAAUCGGAGAGCGCGGAUCCCCAGCUGGACUUCAGCAGUACCGUCAAGGACCUCUUGGGGGAGGACGGCCUGCAAGCCAGCCAGACGCUGGUGAGCCAGGUGGCCACCGACCUGGGCAACGUGGCCUCCGUCUUUUCCAGCGACAUCCGGUUGACUUCUGAGCUCUCGGGCAGCAUCAGUGACUUGAACACUCUGGACACCAACCUGCUGUUUGACCCGGCUCACCAGCAGGGCCAGGACGACGAGGCGACGCUGGAGGAGUUGAAGAACGACCCCUUGUUCCAACAGAUCUGCAACGAGUCCAUUAACUCGAUUGCUUCGGCGGGGUUUGAUUGGAUGGAGAGCAAGGACCACCCUGCCGUCGAGAUGUUGGGUUAACUCUUUUUUCUAAAAAAAAAAAAAAAUGUAUGUAGCACACUGUAUCUACAGACAGACGUCUUGUAUUUGUCUUAACGGAAGUGCCUCCUGCCCUAGAAGCAUUUAAGGUCAAUUCAUUGUGGCAUUUAAAACAAACAAACAAACUUGCUAUACCACCAGCUCUUUUAUUCAUCUGCAGGGAAUCUAGUGGCGUCAAUUUUUGGAGACGUUUCUGCAGGAGAGGGCCUCUUCAGAAACCAGUAUUAGAUUUUAAAUCUUAUCAGCAUUGCUUGCUAUCGCGAAAGAGAGAUCGGUUGAGAAAUAAGCCUUCAAGGUCAGCAAGCCUGAUUCUCCAAGCAGAGGCUGCUGCCGUCGGCCCCUCCCCUUCGGUCGCCCCCGGCCUUACUGAACAAGCUGCGUCCCCAGACCCGCUGCCCAUCGACUCAGGUGCCCACUCCGGCCUUUGGCCUGCACUGGCCAGCGGCCACUUGCGUUGGAGGGAGCAGUUCUGCACGCCCGUGCAGAGCUGCCACCACCCAGGAAACCAGUCGGGGGAAGUUGUCCCCCCGGGAGAGAAGAGCUCCCUGUGAGUGGCUCCCGGGUCCUGCUCCCACAAGAUCUCGGGCUCGGUUUUGCCUGCUUUGCAAAGGAGCUCUGUGUGUGUGGUGUGUGUGUGUGUGCGUGUGUGUGUAAAAGGCCAGGGCCCCCCCUUCUCCUGGGGGAGGGGGCAGAUAGAGUGCGAGGGAGGGGCUCAGGUGGGACCCCGCUACUGCCCCCGCUGCAGUUUAACAAGGGCUCAUGGGGCAGAGCGAGGGGGCCAGAAGCUUGUUCGGGGGAAUCCGAAGGGACCGCACAGGAGGAGUCGGAGGAGUCUUUUUCUGGAAGUUCUCGGCGAGCUCCCAGGCUUACCUUUAAAAAAUGGUUUUAGGCUUUUGAAUGUUAGUUCUGGUUUUGGAAAUGGGCCCCUGGAGACCUAAUAACCUGCCCUCUGUUUGGCGUCAUAUCUGUUCCGCAGUGCCGGGUCGGUUUUUAUUUCGUGUCCAGGCCUGAAAGGAAGUGACGGUUUCCCUUUCCACCCCAACUGCUCCCUCACUCUGGAACAUGAAUUUGGGUGCAGAAGGAACGGCUCCUCCCUCUUGUGGGGUUGGGUGGGGGAGAACACGAGGGACGUUGCUGGUUCUGUUUGGAGGAGGCCGUGACGGGAGCCCGGGGGUGCCUGGUGCUUGGCAGGUGCAGCAAGAGAUGGCCUUGUGGGCCUCGUGGACGGGGAUUGUCUCCUUGACGAGUCUUGCAGGAGUCAGGGGGUGUGCUUUGAGCGGGAGAGGUCGUGCCCUUUGCCUUUAUCGGGGUCGUGAGAGAGUGGCAGCGAACCGUCUGCGGCCUUACCUGUGUUGACGUCAACGCACACACCUCUUUGCCCACGCGAGCAUCAGGGGGACGGGUGAGGAACCUCCAGUGGAGCCAAGGCAGGACCCCGCCCCUCGCAGCACAACGUCCUCUGUGGAGGGGGGGGCAGCCGCCCUCCAUCCCCAGUCCUGCCAAAAUAGCGCCAGUGCCUUCUGCGCACCAGCCAAGAGUCUCCAAGAUCCUUCCGGUGCUGCCGCUAGUUAGGGUUUGGCCUCAUGAGGGCUGCAGAAAUGGGGGUCCCUUCUGAGGGGCACAGGCCAAGCGAGGGGAGAUGUUGCCCCUCCCACCCAGAGCAGGAGUGUGCCCUGCUGGCACCCGGCCUGAGUUCUGGAGCAAGGCGGAGGGUUGAGCGUGCGGAGUGUUUUCCACGGCAGGCUCUGCACGGGAAUCUGUAGGCACCUGCCCCUCUUCCUUUUGGAGCCCCCCAGCGUGGCAGAGGAGGGGGUUCUGAGGGAGGAGCACGCAUUCCACCAUAGCUGGGGCAGGCAGCAGGCUUGUGAAUGGCCUCAUCCAGACCAUGCGGAGCUGUGUGUGUGUCUCGCCCCUCUUGGAGACACAAUGAAGUUUCUGAUUCAGCCUGUGGAAACGUUCCGUCGCCCGACCCCUCGUGAAGGCUGGCUCCCGUUCGUGUGAAAGGCCCCCGUGGGUCCUUCACUACACGUGUCACCCCUGAGGGCUCCGUGGUCACCGCUAGCAGGCAGGAUGGGAGGGUUUCUCGGGCUGGAGCUGGGUGCUAAAACUGAUGCCAUGCAAACUCUAUGGUGCUAGGGCAGCGCCUGAGGUGGUGCCAGUCGGCCUUGGGGCUGAAUCUCCUGUGCUUGUAUUUGGGGGUGCUGGAGGCCCGUUUCUGACAUGAACCCACCCCUCUUUGGAGGCAGGGAGAAGUCCCUGGGAGUGGGGGGGGGGGCAGAGGCGUAGCUACCAAGGGGCCCGGGGGGAGGGGGCGGGAGUCAGGUCAAUUUGUGUGUUUUUGGUAUUUUUAAAGUGUAUUUUCAGU